CCCCCCCGCCCGCUAUAAAGUCCGCGCCCCCUUCACUUCACUCUCUCCCAUUCACUUUCCUUACUGGCGGCGGAUCGUCGUGUGCAUGCCAUGGAGAUGUUGAUGGAGGAGAAGUACUGGAAGUUGUCGUCGUCGAAGAAGGGGAGCAGGAGCUGCCGGCCGCGGGCGGCGGAGCCCGGCGGCCCGUUUUGGGGCAAGACGCCGGAGGGAAGGCGGCCGGCGGCCGGUUCCGCGCCGCCGACGUCGAACUCGUUCGCGAGCCGGGUGACGAGCCUGGUAAAGGAGCAGCGUGCUCGUUUCUACAUCAUGCGCCGCUGCGUCACCAUGCUCGUCUGUUGGCAUGAUUACUGAACGAGAUGAAUUAUAAACAUAAAAGAAAAGUAUUGAUCAAAGAUUAGAGUUCCCUUUUUUUUUUUUUCUUCCCUUUUUUUGUGUGAAUAGGUUGCGAUUAUAUUAUAUCACUUUUGGCGUU